AAAAACAUAGACAGCGGAACAGAACACGAAGGAAGCUGGUGAGACUAUAUAAUGGUUUGAAUAUGCAAUACAUGAAAACACACAACAAAAAAUAUGGCUAACAUUCGCGCGUGCAUGCAUUUGCACAUUUUAAGCCUUCCCUCGACUUGAGAGUGGCACAUCUGAAGCUUGACGGUAGUUGAAAAAAAAAUCAUCUCACGCAUUUUACUCAUAAGAGGAAAGCACUCAGCACAUACUGUAUAGGCGAGGGUUUUUUUCGGGGACUUAACAUUCGUUAAGGGUUUCCACCUUUGGAUUUACCCAAACAGCGUUUGAAGUUAAGAAGCACUCUUUGAAACCUCAGAACAAACGCACAUGGAAUUUGGGGACCGUACACAAGAAGCAAGAGCUUUACAAUACAAAUAAAUAAAUGCAUUCAGCUAAAGUUGUCACCAAGCCAGCAGAGGGAGCCCUUACCUCUGGGUGAUCUGCAUUCACUCCCUCUGCAACAACUUCCUGUUCCUGGACUAUAAAUUCAGAAGCAGGUCACUCACCUGGAGGUUGCAUUGUUCGCCUGUUUCAUUGUUUGGAUUUCUAUCGGAUUGUUGUUUCCCUGGUUUUGACCCUGCCUGUGUUCUGAUUUUCUGAUUGUUUGCUGCCUGACCUGACCACUGCCUGUUUUUGGAUGUUGUUUUUGCCUCGUCUCCGAUACUCCUGUUUGCCCUGUUAGACGCCUGCCUGUUUUGACCAUGCCGUUGUUCAAUAAAAGCCUGCACAUGGAUCCGCACGCCUCAGACCCCUCAAUUGUGACAAAAGUCAUCUGUAGAUGUUGAUUAGCCAAAAUUUUAAUACCAGAUGUCUAUUUUGCAUUUUUUUUUGCUCAAAAUUACUUCUAGCUCAAAGGAUAGGCAAACUCUCCAACUGAUUAUUUGCAAUAAUCCUUAUUGAAACAUCUGGCACUGUAAAUUUUGCAAUAAAUACCACUAUGCGAGUCAUCAUACACUCUGAAAACAAUAGGUUAAAAACAGACAGUUUGGUUGGAUAAAUAUAGGGUUAAUUUUGGGUAAAUAUUGGGUUGUUUAUUUAAUCCGACUUAAUAGGCAGACUUAUCUCAGCUAAUUCAUUUGUACUAUAAAUACUAUAUUUGUACUGAUGUUUUAACUGAUGAUCUUUAAAACAGUUUUACACGCCAGUCUUUUAUUAUGGUGACAUUUCCAUGCUCUGAAUGUGAUUGGUUGCUUUACCUUUCAUUGAAACGGCCUUGUGGGUGGGUCUUGGCCAUUUAAAGUGAAUAAAGUUCCCACUUCAGCCGUCAGUCUGAAGGUCCGAAUAAGAUCGUGCCGUAAGAGACGUCAUCCCAUUCUUUUUUUUGUUUUAGUUUUUCGCGCAGCAUUGGUUCUGCAAUCGGCUUUCAGUCCGUCCCUUCUAGACAUCGGCAAUGAGUUAUAUGGUUUAUUCUUAAAGCUGUCCUGUGUAGGAAGGAAGUGAGACAGCACAGCAGCAGGAAAAGACAAAGCCCUUAACCCACAAACCAAACGCAUGUCAAAAAAAGACCACUUUCCUGCAAAAGCGGCUGCUCGUCCACACAAUAGUUUCUAAAGAACUGACUGGAGUUUUAGUUUGACUGCAGGUUGCUUUUAAAGUUCAAAACAACGGACUGCUUAUAAAACCAUUUUUACAUUCAUGAGAUUUUAACAUUGUCCAAUUUGAAACAACGGCAAACUCUUUUUAACGCAGUCUGAAAAGUACCUUUCGAAAACUAUCGAUGUGGAGUAAUGACAGCGUAUUCCAUUUGACAAAAACAUUGUUUUCCAUGAUUAACAACUUGUAAAGUUUUAAUAAGAGUCGGAAGGUUAUUGCAUAAAGAUUUAGAAAGGGUGUGUGUUCAUACCGAGGGUCACACUCUGCAGGGGGAGGUUCACACAAGCUCGAGAACAGAGAGCGCUUUUAGAUCAGACACAACACCUCUGAAGAAAAUGCUUUGCGUGUUCUUUUUGUGCUUUUGGAGUCUGACUGGUGUGUUUGGUGAGUCGGUGUCAGUGAUGGAGGGAGAUUCGGUCACUUUGUACACUGGUUUUACCGAAAUACAUCAACAGGACGAUAUAGUGUGGACAUUUGCUGAAAUUACUUUGAUAUCUGAAAUCAAUAGAGAUGUUGGAAUCAUUAAUACAUGUAAUGAUACUGAUGAGAGAUUCAGAGACAGACUGAAGCUGGAUCAUCAAACUGGAUCUCUGAUCAUCACUAACAUCUCAACUCUACACACUGGAGAUUAUAAACUACAGAUUAGUGGAAAAAGACGGUCAUCAAGAACAUUCAAUGUUUCUGUCUUUGCUCGUCUGCCUGUUCCUGUCAUCAGCAGAGACUCUUCACAGUGUUCCUCAUCAUCAUCAUCUUCAUCAUCUUGUUCGUUGUUGUGUUCGGUGGUGAACGUGGGUCACGUGACUCUCUCCUGGUACAAAGGAAACAGUUUAUUGUCCAGCAUCAGUGUGUCUGAUCUCAGCAUCAGUCUCUCUCUACCUCUGGAGGUGGAAUAUCAGGAUAAAAACACCUACAGCUGUGUGAUCAACAACCCCAUCAGAAACCAGACCACACAUCUGAACAUCAGUCAGCUCUGUCACACGUGUUCAGAUCAUGGUCUACAAUUAUUAUUAAAAGUGUUGAUUUCUGCUGCUGCUGGAUCUCUUUUGAUUGCAGCUGUAGUCGUGACCAUCUGGAUCUGUAAGAAAUGCACAAAAACUGAUCAAAAAGUAGACACUUGUGAGGAAGGGAUCACUUACGCUGAGACAACGUUCUACAAAAGGAAAACACAGAAAGCGAAAAAUCCAACAGAGAAGUAAACACGACAACAUGCCACAGAUAUGAGAUCUGACAAACAAGAACAAGAACUGAAAGAAUGAAACUUAGCACACCCAAAAAUGAAAAUGAGAUGUUUAUCCUCUUACCCCCCCAGCGCUUUCGAGAUUUAAGUGGCUAUAUCUUUGUUGAACGCAAACAAAGAUUUUUACCUCAAGCAUCUCGGUCUGUCAUAACGCAAGUCAACUGACACACAAUCUCUGAGAAAUAAAAACGUGCAGACAAAUCCAAAAUGAAACCCUGUGACAUCGAUACGUAAAGACUUGAAACGAUCAGUUUGUGCAAGAAACUGAACAGUGUAGCCUAUGAUUCUUCUUCAUCUGAUACGCCACAAUGUCUGACUCAUUCACAAUAUCGGUCACAAGCUGCAAGGUUUAGUUGGGAUUCAUCUGUACAUGUUUUUAUAUAUUUUUUUCUCUCAAACUUUGACUUGCAUUAUAUGACUGACAGACUGCAAUGGUUAGAAUUAAAACCUUUGUUUUUGCGUUCUACUAAAGAAAGUCACCUACGUCUCGGAUGCCCCGGGGGUAAGAAGGCAAACAUAAAAUGUUGAUUUUUGGGUGACCUAUCCCUUUAAAUGCAUUAUCAAAUGUGGUGAUAAUGAGAUGAUUGCUCUGAGCGUCCAACAGCAAGCCAACUAUGUUGAGUAAAAGUGUGACAAGCAAUGUAGUCAGUGAUAAAUUUUUGCAUAAAACCGCAUUUAAAGAUAAGAGGUUCCUGAGGAUUCUGAGUCCAGGGGUUGGGUUGUCGAGGUCCCCGCCUUCGACUGCUACCCAAACCACAAGGCACCGGCCCCUUACGGUCCCUCCUGCAGGUGGUGGGCCCACGGGAAGAUGGCCCCACG